UGAACUUUAGCAAGACCACACAAAUCCAAUAUCAAGUACCACACAAAUCCAAUAUCAAGUAUUCCCUUGAACCAUUCUAUUUCCAGUGCAUACUAUAGUACCGCAUAUGGAGAAGCACAUUUUCUUGAUGAUUCUUCUCUUUAUGGUUACAUAUUUCUCCGUUUCUAUAUCGGUUGCUUCCUCAAAUGAGACUGACCAAGAAUUCCUACUAGCUUUCCAAAAUCUUGUUACAAGUCCCAGUCUCUUUUUGGCCAAGAACUGGACCAGGGAUAUUUCUUUUUGCUCUUGGUUUGGUGUCACUUGCAAUUUGAAAAAGCAAAGGGUUGUGGCCUUGGCCCUUCCUAAUUUGCAACUUGAAGGCACAAUUUCCCUAUCUUUGACAAAUUUGUCUUUUCUUAGAGAGCUCAACCUUGGGAACAACAACUUCUAUGGUGGCAUCCCGUAUGGCAUUGGCCACUUGCCUCGCUUGCGAGUGCUUGAUGUCCAAAACAAUCAGCUCCAAGGAACUGUCCCGACAAGUCUGUUUCAACACCAGAGAAUACGCAUAAUUUCAUUGUCUUGCAAUAAACUCAGUGGUUCAAUGUUGAAAGAGACAUGGGAUGCACUGGAGCUCAGAGUCUUGGAUCUCACAAACAAUAGCCUCACAGAUCAAAUUCCUCCUUCUAUUGGAAAUGCCACAAAGUUGACGAAAUUGAGGUUGUCCGGGAAUAGAAUCAACGGCAACAUUCCAAAGGAGAUUGGUAAUCUAAGCCAACUUGCAGAGUUGUCAUUGGCCGAUAACAACUUAUCUGGUCCCAUUCCUGCAACACUUUUUAGUAUUUCGUCGCUCCUUGCCUUACAUCUGCAAAAAAAUAGCCUGUCUGGCCCUCUCUUGCUUGAUGAAGGGCACACUUUUUCAAAUCUAAAGUUUAUGAGAUUAUAUGGCAAUCACAUUUCUGGUCACAUUCCUUCUAACAUUUGCCAACUCACAGAGCUCAAAGUUCUAUCCAUAUCUCUCAACAACAUAACUGGAGAGAUACCCACAAAUAUUGGUUGUCUAGCCAAGCUCGAGGCAUUCCAUAUUGGAUAUAACAAAAUAAAUGGGAUUGUUCCCCUUUCAUUGGGCAAUAUUUCAACUCUGCAGUAUCUUAGUUGUCCAAACAAUCACGUAGAAGGGCCAAUUCCUCAAGAAUUAGGGAAACUAUCAAACUUGAGGUUGUUAGAUUUUCAAGAAAAUUAUAAUCUUAUCGGUGAAAUUCCAAAGGAUGUUUUCAACAUUUCUUCUAUGGAAGUUAUUUCCUUGAAUUUAAACAACCUCUCCGGUAGAAUUCCAGCAACUACAGGUCUUCAUCUUCCGAACCUUAAGGAGCUUUACUUGGCACACAAUCAGAUCGAGGGGCAAAUUCCACCAUUCAUAACAAAUGCUUCCAAGCUUUCUGAGUUGGUGCUAGCUGCAAACAUUUUCACCGGCAACAUUCCUAAUAAUUUGGGAUCUCUUCGUGAGCUGGAAGGAUUGUUCCUAGUAGAUAAUCAACUCAUCAAUGAACCAAGUAAACAUGAGUUAUUAUUCUUAAAUUCAUUGGUGAACUGCAGGAUGUUGCAAUAUCUAUCGGUUGGUCACAAUCCGUUAAAUGGAUUUUUUUCCAAUUUUGUUGGGAAUCUGUCAUCAACCAUUGAAUACUUUGAAGUAGCAAAUGCAGGAAUCAAUGGCUCCAUACCCAAAGGCAUAGGCAACAUGAGCAGUCUAAUGAUGCUGGACUUUCAGAAAAACAACUUGAUGGGGAGUAUUCCUUCAGAGGUUAGUAAGCUUAAGAAAAUCCAAGGGCUAUAUCUGAAUAACAAUAAAUUGCAAGGAAAUAUUCCAGAGGCAGUAUGUCAAUUAUCUAAUUUGGUUCAAUUGACUUUGUAUGGUAAUGAGCUCUCUGGGGUGAUCCCAGAAUAUAUAGGAAAUCUAAGCAUGCUACAAAAACUUUGGUUGGGUUCCAAUAAUUUUGCAUCAAAGUUACCUCUGAGUCUUUGGAAAAUGACCGGUCUUCUUCAUCUAAACAUUUCACGGAAUUCUAUACAAGGGGAAGUUCAACAACAUAUCGGAGAACUAAAGGCCAUUGUAGUACUAGAUCUUUCUAGUAACCACUUUUCAGGCAUGAUACCAAGCAGAAUAGGGGACCUCGAAAACAUGCAAUAUCUCUCCCUAUCAAACAACUCCUUUUUGGGUUCAAUUCCAUUAUGUUUUGCAAACUUGAUAAGCGUGGAAUUUAUGGAUCUGUCAUUAAAUUCCAUUUCAGGCGCUAUUCCUAAGUCAUUGGAAAAACUUUCACACCUUAAAAGCAUUAAUGUUUCAUUUAAUGAUUUAGAAGGCGAAAUACCCAGUAGUGGUGUGUUUGCGAAUUUCACUUCGCGAUCUUUCAAAGGGAAUAGAGGUUUAUGUGGAAUGCACUUGUUGGCAGUUCCUGCUUGCGCUAUCACCAAUCCUAGACAUCAUGCAAAGUCUAGGCUUAUGCCAAUCGUUACUCUGGUAGUUUCUUCAUCCUUUCUGAUAUUUUUAUUGGUCUCAAUUUGGAUAAUGAAACAACAAAGGAAAGGAGAGUCAAAAGAUGUAGAAAAGGUACCAAGUAUCACGACUUAUCCAUUGAUUUCUUAUCACGAGAUUCAACGAGCAACAAACAAUUUUGAUGUAUCAAAUUUAAUUGGUGAGGGAGGUUCUGGCUCGGUGUAUAAAGGCACAUUAUCAAACGGAAUGGUGGUGGCCAUAAAGGUUCUGGACAUGCAAAACGAGGAAGGUGCUAAAAGAUUUGACACUGAAUGUGAAGUGAUGAGAAAUGUUAGACACAAAAAUCUUAUUACAUUAAUUACUACUUGCUCUAGCAAAUACGUAAGAGCCUUUGUCCUGCAAUAUAUGCCCAAUGGGAGUCUUCAGGAUUGGUUGUACAAAGAAGAGUGCCACUUGAAUCUCCAUCAAAGAGUCAUCAUAAUGCUUGAUGUGGCUGUGGCAAUUGAGUAUCUACACCAUGGUUAUGACACUCCAAUAGUUCAUUGCGAUCUAAAGCCAGCCAACGUUCUUCUGAAUGAAGAUAUGGUGGCUCAUGUUGGUGAUUUUGGCAUCUCUAAAAUCUUAGCGGUAAGCAAAUUCAUGACACAUACCGAGACAUUGGGCACUCUUGGUUACAUUGCACCAGAAUAUGGCUCAGAAGGAAGGGUGUCCACUAGUGUUGAUGUUUAUAGUUACGGCAUCAUGUUGAUAGAGGUAUUGACAAAAAGAAGACCAACACAUGAAGAUAUAUUCAAUGAAAAUUCCGUUUUGAGGCAGUGGAUAAGACGAGCAUUUCCAAGGACUGAGGCCAAAGUUGUUAAUGCUAAUCUUUUUCAUGAGAAAGAACAUAUGACUUCCCAAUGUGAAACCUGUAUAGACACCAUGAUAGAGUUGGCUUUAGACUGUACAAAGAAAAAGCCAGAAUCAAGGAUAACCAUGAAAGAUGUUGUCAAGAGGCUUACCAAAAUCAAGAACACAUUGGAGACAUAAAAGUUAAAAUCUCUGAAAAGGGUGUUUUUUCGGAACUGCAAGUUAAUAUGUUUUUUUUUUACCUAGUCUUGUUAGUAAAAUCUUCCCUAACUACUUAGAGUACUCCUGUAAUGUGUAAUGUAUGUAUUCAGAGUGUUGCAUUUCCUAAUUUUACAAUUCCUGUUUGAAUGAUUUUUAUUUUGAUUUGAAGACUUUUCUUUUGUUAGUAAUUAUGGUAUGAAUGCUUGAAUAAAUCAGAAAUAUGA